CCGCCCCGCGGCCGCCGCACCGACAAGAUGGCGGCGGGUGGGAGCGGCGGGCGCGCGUCGUGCCCGCCGGGGGUCGGCCCGGGCGCGGGGGGCGGCCCGGGGCCCAGCGCCAACGCCGCCGCGGCCCCCGGCAACGCGGCCGCCGCCGCCGCCCCGGCCCCCGCCGCCCCCGGGCCGCCCCCCGCGCCUGUGCCGGGGCCGGGGCCGGGGCCGGGGCCGGGGCCGGGGUCGGGGCCGGGCGCGCAGGCCGCGGCGGGCGGGGAGCGGGCGGCCGAGGAGCCGGGGGCGGCGGCGCUGCUGCGCGAGCCCGUCUACAACUGGCAGGCCACCAAGCCCACGCUGAAGGAGCGCUUCGCCUUCCUCUUCAACAACGAGGUGCUCUGCGACGUGCACUUCCUGGUGGGCAAGGGGCUCGGCGCGCAGCGCAUCCCGGCGCACAGGUUCGUGCUGGCCGUGGGCAGUGCCGUGUUCGACGCCAUGUUCAACGGGGGAAUGGCCACCACGUCCACGGAGAUCGAGCUGCCCGACGUGGAGCCGGCCGCCUUCCUGGCGCUGCUCAAGUUUCUCUACUCGGAUGAGGUUCAGAUCGGACCCGAGACCGUCAUGACCACGCUGUACACCGCCAAGAAGUACGCGGUGCCCGCGCUCGAGGCCCACUGCGUGGAGUUCCUGAAGAAGAACCUCCGGGCUGACAACGCGUUCAUGCUGCUCACGCAGGCACGACUCUUCGACGAACCGCAGCUGGCCAGCCUGUGCCUGGAAAACAUCGACAAGAACACCGCCGACGCCAUCACUGCCGAGGGCUUCACGGACAUCGACCUGGACACGCUGGUGGCCGUGCUGGAGCGGGACACCCUGGGCAUUCGCGAGGUGCGCCUGUUCAGCGCCGUCGUGCGCUGGUCCGAGGCCGAGUGCCAGCGGCAGCAGCUGCCCGUGACGCCCGAGAACAAGCGCAAGGUGCUGGGCAAGGCGCUCGCCCUCAUCCGCUUCCCGCUCAUGACCAUCGAGGAGUUUGCCGCAGGGCCCGCGCAGUCGGGCAUCCUCGUGGACCGCGAGGUGGUCAGCCUCUUCCUGCACUUCACCGUCAACCCCAAGCCGCGCGUCGACUUCAUCGACCGGCCGCGCUGCUGCCUCCGCGGGAAGGAGUGCAGCAUCAACCGCUUCCAGCAGGUGGAGAGCCGCUGGGGCUACAGCGGCACCAGCGACCGCAUCAGGUUCUCGGUCAACAAGCGCAUCUUCGUGGUUGGCUUUGGGCUCUACGGCUCCAUCCACGGGCCCACGGACUACCAAGUGAACAUCCAGAUCAUCCACACGGACAGCAACACCGUCCUGGGCCAGAACGACACGGGCUUCAGCUGUGACGGCUCCGCCAGCACCUUCCGCGUCAUGUUCAAGGAGCCGGUGGAGGUGCUGCCCAACGUCAACUACACGGCCUGCGCCACGCUCAAGGGCCCAGACUCCCACUACGGCACCAAGGGCCUGCGCAAGGUGACGCACGAGUCCCCCACGACGGGGGCCAAGACGUGCUUCACGUUCUGCUACGCGGCCGGAAACAACAACGGCACGUCCGUGGAGGACGGCCAGAUCCCCGAGGUCAUCUUCUACACCUAGGCCACCCGGCCCGAAGCCACCUGAUGCAAGUAGGCCGCCCCCACCCACGCCGCGCCCCCGCGGUCCCCAUGCUGUGUGCGCUCCCCGCCGCGGUCCCGGGCGUCAGGAGAGGGUCUCUGCUCCGUGCGGCGAGCCUGGCCGCCUGCUGAGGAGCCGGCAGGGGCUGCGAGGCGGUCCCUCAGGACUCGGGGGGCAGGGCUGGCCUGGACCCGGCCCGAGCUGAGGGUCCGCGGGGCCCCUGGGGAGGCAGUGCUGCCCGCCGCCCGCCUGGCCACAGGAUUGAUCGAUUCCGCGUCACGUUCUCUCACCGCACACGGCAAUGCACCCUGGAUUCCCAUUCCCUGGUAGGCGGGCUGUGGGGGCGCCCCUAGUGCGUUUGCUUGGGGUCUCGUGUUCUGGUCCAUUCAGUGGGGACGCUGAGGCCACGCUGACCCUGGCCCCCGGCACACUGGCCGAAGCCCCCCAACCCCGAGGUCCCGCAGGCUGGCUUUGUGCCAGGCCCAGGCCCACCCGGUGGGCCCCGUGAGCCGCGGGCGUGGACCUCAGGCCCUGUCUGCCCGGCCGGGCAGUGCCGGGGGUCAGCCACGGUGGCCAGGUCCCCGCCUGCCCCCUGUACAUACUGCAGCCCUGCCCCACCCGGCCUCUGAGUGAGCACUGUGGCCAGAGGUGCUGGAGGGCGCAGCCCCUCCCCCGUCCCCCCACCCGUGUUUCCACCCCAGUGAUCCUCCUGGAAAUUCCUCCCCAAAGCCAUGGAAGGUGUGCCCUCCUCACACCAUACCCUCAAAGGAUUUUUUUAAAUAAAGGAAAGAAACAUAA